ACAUAAGUCAUAAGUGUCAGUGAAUUUUUGUUUUUGUUUGUUUUUUUUUUCGCUUCUUGCAACUGCAAAACUGCAAAGCAAAUUCUUUCAUUUAUAAUCAACAUACUAAUACUAAAACAAAAUGGAAUUUGAACAUUUACCUGAAAUAAACUACGAACUGGACCUAUACCUAUAUGAAGAUAAACCAGAGACAGUCAAUAUUGCUGAUUUGUUUAAAAAUGAAUGUGAAAAAAAUGUGUGUUUUGAAGUCAUCCCUGCAAAUAAAGCAGAUUAUCGUGUAGCGUUUGCUGAUAAUUUGGAAAUUGAUUGCGGCUUACAAGUUGCAGAAGGAACUGAAACAGAUAUUCCUUCUUCGGUUGUUCAGAAAGAUGAUAUAGACAGUGAUAUGCUGCAACACCCAGCUGCAGCUUUUGAGUGUGAUAUUUGUUUAAAAAAAAUCAGCCAAAAUUCCCAAUGUCUUGUACAUAGACAAACACAUACAAAAGAGGAACCCUUCAGAUAUGAUGUUUGCUUUAAGGACUUUAACGGAGAAUCUACGUUAAAAAGACAUAUGAAAUUGCACAGUGGCUCCAGUAUUGUAACAGAAAGUAACCAAUCUACCCAAAAAGAAGACCUCCAUGGUGAAGAUAAGACUUUACAACCUAUAACGUCUAAAAACAGUUCAAAUAUAUCCACAGAUAAUGAUGAAUUAACACAUAGUACCCUUUUCAAUAUUGAAGAAAACCAUAUGCAACAAACCAAAUUUGAUAAUCAUCUUAAAGAAAAACCUAACCGACGUGCAUUUGUGCAUAAUAAAGAAAAAGACAAACCAUUUCAAUGCAGAAUUUGCUAUAAGCAUUUCUCAAUAAUAACCAAUCUAACACGUCAUAUAUUUAGGCACGCAGAUUUAGCUAGAUUUAAGAACCGCAUACAAAAACGCACUGGAGAACAACAAUUAAGGUGUCAUAUAUGCUUUGUACAAUUCACAUUUAAAGAUAGCCUAAGAAAUCAUUUACUUAGGCACGUCGGAGAAAAACCUUUUGAGUGUGAUAUUUGUUGUAAACUGUUUUUUCAAAAUAAUAAUUGUAUUGUACAUAGGCGCACACAUAUAAACGGGAAACCUUUCGAAGAGAAAGCACUUGAUAGUUGUUAUUCCAAUAUGCCUACAGAAAUUGAUCAGUCAAUGGAAAAUAUGCCUUUAAAUGUCGAAGAAAAAUCUUUCCAACAUAUUGCAUUAGAUCAUUUUUCUAAUGUUCCAAAAGUAGAAUAUUUUCAAAGCAAUUUUUAUCUCAAACAAUUCCCACUACAACGAAAUUUAGAUCGUCAUACACUGACGCACUUAGGAAUAAAACCCUUUAAAUGCAUUAUAUGUUUAAAGACAUUUUCUUCACAAAACACAUUGACAGACCAUGAGCGCAUACAUUCUGGAGAAAAACCCUAUAAAUGUGAAUUGUGUGAAAAGGAAAUUAGAUCGAAGUAUAUCUUCAAGAAACAUAUGAGAUUGCACACCGGGGAAAACCUUAUAAAGUGUGAUUAUUGUCCCAAACAGUUUACAGCUAAGACUCAAUUUGAGGCACACGUAGUAAGCCACACUGGAGAAAGACCUUUUCAGUGUGUUGUUUGUUUCAAGAACUUCACAACCAAAGCAAGCCUGGCUAGACAUAUGCAUACCCACACUGGAGGUAACCGUCCCUUUAAAUGCAUUAUAUGUUUAAAAAUAUUUUCUACAAAAAACUCACUAACAGACCAUGAGCGCAUACAUUCUGGAGAAAAACCCUAUAAAUGUGAAUUGUGCCAAAGGGAAUUUAGAUCAAAGAAUCCCUUCAACAAACAUAUGAGACUCCACACAGGCGAAAAACUUAUAAAGUGUGAUUAUUGUCCCAGCCAGUUUACAGAUAACACUAGUUUGCAGUUGCACAUAGUAAGCCACACUGGAGAAAGACCAUUUCAGUGUAUUAUUUGUUUCAAAAAGUUUUCAAGAAAAGACAGCCUGAACAAACAUAAUAUGCGUUCCCACACUGGAGAAAAUCCUCAAUUUAAAUGCAUUAUAUGUUUAAAGACAUUUUCUUCUCAAAUCGCCCUAACAGAACAUGAGCGCAUACAUUCUGGAGAAAAACCCUAUAAAUGUGAAUUGUGUGAAAAGGAAAUUAGAUCGAAGUAUAUCUUCAAGAAACAUAUGAGAUUGCACACCGGGGAAAAUCUUAUAAAGUGUGAUUAUUGUCCCAAACAGUUUACAGCUAAGACUCAAUUUGAGGCACACGUAGUAAGCCACACUGGAGAAAGACCUUGUCAGUGUGUUGUUUGUUUCAAGAACUUCACAACCAAAGCAAGCCUGGCUAAACAUAUGCAUACCCACACUGGAGGUAACCGUCCCUUUAAAUGCAUUAAAUGUUUAAAAAUAUUUUCUACAAAAAACUCACUAACAGACCAUGAGCGCAUACAUUCUGGAGAAAAACCCUAUAAAUGUGAAUUGUGCCAAAGGGAAUUUAGAUCAAAGAAUCCCUUCAACAAACAUAUGAGACUCCACACAGGCAAAAAACUUAUAAAGUGUGAUUAUUGUCCCAGGCAGUUUACAGGUAACAGUGAAUUUCAGAAACAUGUAGUGAGUCACACUGGAGAAAGACCAUUUCAUUGUAUUAUUUGUUUUAAGGAAUACUCAAACAAAGGAAACCUGAACAAACAUAUACGUUCCCAUACUGGAGAAAAACUUAAUGAGUGUAAUAUUUGUCAUAAAACGUUUACUGAAAGAUGCAAGUUAAAGAAGCACAUGAUGACAAUACACCCAGGAGUAAAGUUUUUUGAAUGUGAUAUUUGUCGUGAACAAUUCAGUACAAAUAAUCUAUGUGUUGAGCACAUGCGUACACAUGGAGUAGAAAAAUCAUAGUAGGGUAGACCGGGGACAAUUAAAACAGCCGCCAUAUUGGUGGUAUUCCACUAUUGAAACCGCGCGCGCUUAUACCAAACGCAGCGCCACUAGAAGCCCGGCAUCGCCAUUGAUUAUCGUUUGCAUUACAUGUGUGCAUCCUCAUUAACGUGAUUUACCGUUAUGGAAGUAAACUUCUGCACCGCACAACAAAAGGUCACACAACAUAUCGGAACGAUGCCACGAGUAAGAGUGAGAAAACCGGAAAGGGGAAACAGAAUAGUAUAUUAUGCAACGAGCAUUUAAUGAUGGUCAUUAUGAUGCAAAUAUGACGGACACGAAACGAGUCGCGUAGCGGUGAGUUUCGUAUAGAAUACGAGCUUCAUAAUGAUAAUUAAAUGCAAAUUGUAUACAUGAUUUUUUCUAUGGUCAUUCACAGCAAAAAAAAUAUAUUCAAAUCAAAUUUAUUAAUUUUGUAACGCAAAAUUAAGUAGUUUAUAUGGUCAAAUUAAUUACUCUGUUGAUACAUUUAUAUUUUCAAUAUUACAAUUAUUAAAAUGAAUUUCAGGAUAAAUUUUCAAUAUCCCUAUCGGCUUGAGACAUUUCCUUAAGAGCCUACAGUAGCGCGUCAUCAAUAUAACUUCAGGAGAUAGUAUCAAACCCUUUUUAGAAAGUUCUGCGAAACUUUGGCAACAGUGGCAAUAUAUUUUAGGUUUGUUCCAACAAACCGUCAUGAAACGAUCACGAAACUGCACAGUAGACAAAAUAACCCAUGGAACGUCUUAUUUUACUAUCUGUGCGCAGUUUCGUGAUCGUUUCAUGACGGUUUUCGUUGUGUUGGAACAAACCUUUUGACAAUAUACUUAUAGGCGCGCUAAAUGAAAGUAAUAGAAAACAAUUUUAAUAUUAGUAAAUAUUUAUAUAAAUAAACCAAAAUGGGUGAAAAUUUUAUAUUAGCAUAUACAUUUGCAUGAAAUAAUAAUAAAACAAUAAUAAAUAAUCAUUUCGUUGUGAAGCCAAACAAGAACCGUUUUAUUUUAUUUAGUUCAUAGAGCGCCAAAAGCACUCUAACUAGUUUCAACCCCUUUUUCUAAAAUAGAACUUUAAAUGAACUUUCCCAUUUUUUUAAACU